AUGAAGCUGUCUUCCUUCCUCUUCACCGCCUCGCUGGUCGCGGCCAUGCCCGCCUCUGUCGAGCCCCGCCAGGCGCAGACCAGCCUCAACAAGCUGAUCCAGAACAAGGGCAAGAAGUACUUUGGUACCAUCACCGACCCCAACCUCCUCGCCAACUCCCAGGACACCAACACCGUCAAGGCCGUCUUCGGCCAGGUCACCCCCGAGAACUCGAUGAAGUGGGAUGCCACUGAGCCCAGCCAGGGCAAGUUCAACUUCGGCUCCUCCGACCAGGUCGUCAACUUUGCCCAGCAGAACGGCAUCAAGGUCCGCGGCCACGCCCUCCUCUGGCACUCUCAGCUGCCUCAGUGGGUCCAGAACAUCAACGACAAGAACCAGCUCAAGUCUGUCAUUGAGAACCACAUUGCCAACGUCGCUGGACGUUACAAGGGCAAGGUCUACGCCUGGGACGUUGUCAACGAGAUCUUCGAGUGGGACGGCCGUCUGCGUGACUCUGUCUUCUCCCGCGUCCUCGGCGAGGAGUUUGUCGGCAUUGCCUUCCGCGCUGCCCGCAAGGCUGACCCCAACGCCAAGCUGUACAUCAACGACUACAGCCUUGACUCUGCCAACGCUGCCAAGGUCACCACCGGCAUGCGCGACCACGUCAAGAAGUGGAUCUCUCAGGGCAUCCCCAUUGACGGUAUCGGCUCCCAGUCUCAUCUCGACCCCGGUAUGGCUGGUCAAGUCCAGGGCGCUCUUCAGGCUCUUGUCAGCUCCGGUGUUAGCGAGGUUGCCAUCACUGAGCUCGACAUCCGCACUGCCCCUGCCAACGACUACGCCACCGUCACCAAGGCCUGCCUCAACGUCCCCAAGUGUGUCGGUAUCACUGUCUGGGGUGUCAGCGACAAGAACUCUUGGCGCAAGGAGCACGACUCUCUCCUGUUCAACGCCAACUACCAGGCCAAGCCUGCUUUCACUGCUGUUGUCAACGCUCUCCGCUAA